GAUCAGCAGCCCGAAGCCUGGGGUCUCCAUCCCUUCUUCGACCGGCUCCUUCGCACGGACGUGAGCCCCGGGGCGGCCACCGGGGUGCCGUUGCUGGUGCCCAUCAACCUGCUGCAGGUUCCCACGAGCGUCCGGGAUUUGGAUGAGGUGCAUCGGGCGCUGCAGCUCUGCGAGAUCCUUUGUGCAAAGCUGGCCUUCGUAGGUAAGGAGCGGUGCAAAUUCUCACCGUACCUGCGGGUGUCGCUGCUGCAGCACGUCCACGGACCCAGCAGGGAUCUGGGUCUCGAAGGUUGGGAUGCAGUGCACCCGCAGAUGACGCGAGCUGCCCAACUGGAGCUCCUCCUGAUUCUGCGACGGCUGGCUGAGCACUUCGCAGCCGCCUCCUGCAUGCUGGCGAACAACAAAGGAUUCGAUGCUACCAAGAUCACAGUCUUCGGAUCUAUAGCGGCUAUCGCGGACCGUGUGGCCAGAACGACAGUGCGAAGAUCCCGUGACACCGGAGCCGAAGAAGGGCCGUCAGCACUCACAGAGGCCCUCAACGGUACGCUGGGAGGGCGCCCUGUCGCCAUUGAUCCGAACACCUUCCUUGUACAGUCGGAGACCAUCGAGACAGCGGCGCCCGAGCUCAACUUGGCCCGCACUGCCAUCUGCGCCUACUUCUGUGAAGUUCUAAGCCACUAUGAGAUCAAGAAGCUGAAGGAUGAGACGUUGUUCGACUGGGACACGUACGGCUGGAUGAUGUAUGUGGAGAGGGAGAAGGGUCUGGAACGUGUUGUGAAGCAGAUGUGUGCGAAGCAUCUUCUGGAGACUGGCAAGGACUGGGGCAAGCUGGUUGCCGGAAAUCAGUCCGAAAAUGCGUACCUGGUACGGACCUGGCCGGAGUUCGCAGCCUUGCGCGACAUCAUCUUCUUCUGGAAGUACUUCAUGUGCACAGAUCUGCGCGUUUUCCCCGACAUCAGCAGCUGGUCGCUACAGGCCGCAUAUCUCACUUGGAAUGUGGCCAACGAGAGCGAGGUCUUCGGGCCUCCUACGAACAGGGGCGCCAUCUUCCAAGUCAGUGCCUUUGGUCAUGACCAUGUCUUAAAGACCAACGAGCCAAACUACAGGCCGAAGCCUUCGGCCAGUGGCCAUCGAUACCCGAGCGCGGCUCUAGCAUCGAAGUACACAGGCCGAGCUGUAGUACGGACCGAGGAUGACCUGCUGUACCUUCGAUCUUUACCGACGUUCGAGGAUCGCCUGCGGCCCUCAGAUGCCGAAGCGCUACUCUCGUUCCUGACGGUUCCCUACAUCCGAAUGCCGCUGAUGUUGUCCUUCUUCACCUCCGCGGAUCGAGUGAAUUGCCUUUUCAGCGACACGCUGAGGGCAAUCCUCCACGCCGUGGUCCUGGAGCCUGGAAAGUUUCUCAUGCCCGGCCGCUGGCAGGAUUGUCCUCAAAUGGUGCCGGCAGCGAGCGCCGCAGAGGCCGAGCUGCUCGCAACGCCCUUUGGUCAGUUGCUGACGGAACUGUCCUGCUCCCCGAAGAUGCCGCUCUCCCUCUCGGGCCGACUGUUGGAGCUGGCACUUGUGUUGGCGAACUCUGUGACCUCGGACACGGUGGGAGUGGUUCUCUUUGCCGUGCGAAUCGCAGUACGUGUCGAGUCAGCCACAUCCCUGCUGCUGAGGGCACACAGUGGGGGCAUCACGGUGCACGCCCCAAACGGGGUUGCAGACAAGGAGAUGAACAGCCUGGCUGAGACUCACGGGGACAACGCCAUAUUUCUGCUGGUGAAUGUUAGAACCGUGGCAGAUGCCAAGAAGCACCUUGGAAGCAGACUCUUCGGUGGAAUGCAAGUCCGCCAGGUCCAGAACAUCAAGAUUGAAGCCGAUAAGUAUAAAGAGGACAAGAAGCUCCACAGCAGCAAGAUGAUCCAUUGUGCAGCAAGGCCGCCUGCGGAGUACGGCCUCAAGUAUCUUGGCUGA